AUGGCUAAUCAAAGGGUGGUCGUCCUCGGCUUUUCUUCCAUGUUGCUUGUGGCCAUGGUCAUCGGAGUAGCAGUUACAGUCACCAAGGAAGAUGAUCCCUCCUCCGAUGGAGUAAACUCCAGCGGGUUAUCCACCACCACAAAAUCCGUCGAAGCAGUUUGUCAGUCAACCGAUUACAAGGAUACGUGCGUUACCACUUUAUCAUCUUCCGCCGGCGGCACUUCCGAUCCUAAAGAGCUCAUCAAGAUCGCUUUCAACGUUGCGAUUAAGUACGUCGGCGAUGCCAUGAACAACUCCACCGUCCUUCAACAAGCCGAGAGCGAUCCAGUAACCCACGCCGCAUACGAGAGCUGCAAGGAACUUUUACAAGAUUCAAUAAACGAUCUUCAAGAUACAUUCGACAAGUUCGGAACAUUCGACCUUCACCACCUUCACGACUACGUCCAAGACCUUAAGACAUGGCUUAGCGGAGCACUUACAUUCCAAGAGACAUGUCUAGACGGGUUCGAGAACACAACCGGUAACGCUGGAGAAAACAUGAAACAACUUCUCAAAAUCUCCGGGGAGUUAACAAGGAAUGGACUCGCUAUGGUAGAUGAAUUCUCUAAAACCGUUAUGAGCCUUAACGUGUCGAGUUUCGGGGCAAGGCGACUUUUAUCAUCAGACGGAAUUCCCUAUUGGGUCGAUUCCAGUAGGAGAAAGCUACUCCAGGCUGCUGCCGUACCUUACCCAUCCUACACCAUCAGCAAAUUUGAUGUAGAUCCAACUCCUAACGUUGUCGUGGCUAAGGACGGCUCAGGCAAUGUUAAAACCAUCGCUGAAGCGUUGGCCAAGGUACCUCUCCAUAGCAAGGUUCCAUUCGUUAUACGCAUCAAGGCUGGUGUUUAUGCAGAGUAUGUUGAGGUUACCAGGAUGAUGACCAACGUUGUCAUGCUUGGAGAUGGUCCAACCACGACCCGAAUCACCGGAAACAAGAACUUCGCUGACGGGUUACCAUUCUUUAAAACACCCACAUUCGUGGUGCAAGGAGCCCAUUUCUACGCCAAGGGAAUCGGUUUCGAGAACACAGCCGGAGCCAAUAAGCGCCAAGCCUCGUCAAUUCGUGUCUCGGCAGACAUGUCAAUAUUCUACCAAUGUAACUUCGACGGUUAUCAAUCCACCCUAUUCACCCACGUCCAUCGCCAAUACUACCGCGAGUGUUCCAUCUCGGGAACAAUCGACUCCAUCUUCGGCGACGCCUCCGCCGUUUUCCAAAAUUGCACCAUGGUCGUGAGAAAACCUAUGGAUGGCCAAUCGUGCAAGAUCACGGCUCAAGGCCGCGACGACAAGCGAGCCAACACGGGCCUGGUUCUCCAAAAAUGUUCAAUCGUAGCCGCUCCUGAAUUCACGUCAUCGCCAACACCCAUUUUGGCUUACUUGGGAAGACCGUGGAAGAUGUAUUCGAGGACUAUAAUUGUGAACACGAACAUAGAUGGAUUCAUCGAUCCACAAGGAUGGGUUCAGUUUGCUGGAUCUUUCGGUACUUCCACAAGCUUCUUUGUUGAGUUUGGAAAUACAGGGGAAGGUUCUGAUAAGAGUAAAAGGGUUGUGUGGCCUGCAAUCAAGAAUAUGAAUGCAAGGCAGAUUGCUCCAUUUUCUGCCAGCAAGUUCAUUUCAUCAGAUUUAUGGGUAAAGCCAACGGGAUUACCCUAUGACUCUACCAUUAAUUAA